UGAGUUGAAGUAUUGGCACCGUUCUUUGAAAACAUUAGCAAUGACAUUGAAAAUUAAUAGCUGGGAUGCUUUCAAGUACCACUGGCGCGUCUGGGACUUGAGCGGCUUUCGUGGGCCGCAGCGACAAUCAGUUUGGUAUAUUCCGUAUAAGUUGUACACAAUUGCGAUAACACUAUUGUUUCCGAUCUACUACCCUCUAUGCUUUACGGUGGAAAGUUUCUUAGCAGAUAAUCUGAACGACUUCUGCGAAGUGAUCUAUAUCGCCAUGGCCGACAUGACACUUAACAUCAAGUUCCUCACAUUAUUUAUUGUGCGUCGGCAAUUGUUGGAGCUGAGACCGAUACUUAAGCGCCUGGACGCACGUGCGAAAACAGAAGAAGAAAUGAAUGUUCUACAGGAGGGCAUUGAUUCGGCCAAGAAAUGUUUUCUAAUCAUUUUACGACUAUUUUAUAGCGCUUUCGUCACCAGUCAGUUAAUGGUUAUUUUCUCAGAUGAGCCACGUCUCAUGUACCCAGCCUGGUAUCCUUUCGAUUAUCAGGCAUCACGAACCAAGUUUUGGAUGGCGUAUGGUUAUCAAACCAUCGGAUUUCUAGUGCAAUGCACACAAGCCUGCUCGGUAGACACCUAUCCGCAAGCCUAUAUGCGUGUUCUUACCGCCCACAUUCGGGCGCUAUCGCUACGCAUCGAACGAAUCGGUCGUCAAAAUUCCAGCGGCGCUGCUUCAGAGCUUAUGUGCUCCAAAAAAGAUGAAAUGAAACGGAAUUAUGAUGAGCUCGUGUCAUGCAUCAAGGAUCACAAAACGAUUAUAGAGUUAUUUUCAACCAUACAAAAGCCCAUCUCUGGCACAUCUAUGGCUCAGUUUGUUUGUACUGGUGUAGCCCAGUGCACCAUAGGGGUUUAUAUGCUGUAUGUUGGCUUUAAUAUUUCCAUUAUGUUGAAUAUGGCAGUCUUCUUCGUGUCAGUCACAAUGGAAACUCUAAUUCUUUGCUAUUAUGGCGAUCUAUUCUGUCAGGAGUGCGAGGAGCUUUCAAAGGCCAUUUACAAUUGCAAUUGGACAGUUCAAAGCAGUGAAUUUAAAAAGGUAUUGUCCUUCUUUCUUUUCCGCUCACAGCGCGUGAACGUCUUAAUGGCGGGCAAUUGGAUACCAGUAAGGCUGCCAACAUUUGUAAUGGUCGUGAAAUCUUCUUACUCCAUAUUCACUCUGCUAAGCAGUUUUAAAUAAAGUCUAAAACGUUUACUGGACGCAAUUUAAAAGUGAAACAAUUAGUGGGAGUAAUUUGGAGUUUGUAUAUUUUAUUUGAAUUAUUUUUAUAAAAAUUAUUUACUUUUAUUCACAUUAUCUGCAUAAACUAUGCCACUAACAUACUAAGCUUAAUGAAUAUAAUAUUUAUUGAUUUCUUUGGGAGAAUAUUCAAUUAGUUACAGACGUACAUAUUUGAUUAAUCGAUUCCAAAUUACUAUAAUAAAAUGACUAGUUCCAUUUCGAUAUACGCAAUGUAA